AUGCAGAAAAAGGAGAAAAGUUUUGGUAUACAAAUGCUCUCAGUCCAGCCAGACACCAAGCCGAAAGGUUGUGCUGGCUGCAACCGUAAGAUUAAAGACCGAUAUCUUCUAAAGGCCCUGGACAAAUAUUGGCAUGAAGACUGCCUGAAAUGUGCCUGCUGUGACUGUCGCCUGGGGGAGGUGGGCUCUACCUUGUACACCAAAGCCAACCUUAUCCUUUGUCGCAGAGACUAUCUGAGGUUAUUUGGCGUUACAGGAAACUGUGCUGCCUGCAGUAAGCUCAUACCUGCUUUUGAGAUGGUGAUGAGAGCGAAGGACAAUGUUUAUCACCUGGACUGUUUUGCAUGUCAGCUUUGUAAUCAGAGAUUUUGUGUGGGAGACAAAUUUUUCCUGAAGAACAACAUGAUUCUGUGCCAGACAGACUAUGAGGAGGGUUUAAUGAAAGAAGGUUAUGCACCCCAGGUUCGCUGAUCGGAUGCCACAUCAUUAAGAAUAAAAAGCACUAUGUUCUUUUAUCUUUUUUGCUCAACAUGUAUAUAAGAAAUGACACAGGAACCUACUGAAUAGCAUAGAUAUAGGGAGACAGAAUGGUUGCGUGAAAUAAAAGGCGGACUGCAUCUGUAUGUAGUGAAAAUUGCUCCAGUUCAGAGUUGAAUGUUAAUUAAAAAGGUACUGUAUAUACAGCUGGAUUCUUUUUGCUUGCUCUUGGGAUUUUCAGUUUGGGGUUUUUUUUGUUUCUUUUUGUGUCAUUUGGCAUGAGAUGUUUAUUUUGGACUAUUGUACAUAAUGUAUUGUAAUAUUUGAAGCACAAAUGUAAUACAGUUUUAUUGUGUUACCAUUUGUGUUCCUGUUUGCUUCUUUGUAUUGUUGCAUUUAGUACAAUCAGUGUCUAAACUUACUGUAUAUUUAUGCUUUCUGUAUCUACCAGCUAUUUUAAAUGAGCUGUAUCUUUCUAGUAAAAAGCAUUAAAGAGCAAAUCCCAACCAUUAUGCUACA